AUGUCGACUAGACCCCAACCUGAUUGGUAUUACCAUAGACAUCCAUAUGCCUCUACGCCACUGGCAGAAGGGGAGGAACCACAAUUACUCCCCAUCCAAGACCAAGGGAACCAUAAGAAAUCAAAAAUUUGGAUGGCAUACAAGGCUCCGAUAGUUCGAUGGUACAAGAAUGCUAUGCUUGUUAAAGACAAUUUUUGGAAAGACCUAGAGUCGUCGCACCAGAUCAUCUGGUAUCCGUAUAAAGGAAUUAGCGAAUCCGUGGGAAACUCGGAUUAUUUGCAUCUAUUUUUCCUAAUAUUUGGAUACUACCUGCUGAAUCUCCUGCUUAUUGUUGCGUUUACGUCAAUCCUUGCGUGGUCCUUGUUAGUGUGCAUCUAUUUGCCCUUUCUCGGACUCUUUGCGUUACCUCUGGCUUAUAUGCAAACUAUUCUGAUUUCCACAACGCUAUGUAAUUCUAUGGUGAAGGGUACCGAUUUCGUUCUUUUCACACGUAUUUAUGGAGUGACGUUCGCAAGAAAGGGAUUAACAGAGUUGAGUGAAGCCUGUGAAACGAUAAGUUUCACGCCCUUUGUCUACAGAAGGUCACAUCGUUUGGGUGGCCUCUUUUCGAAACGGUUUUACCUCGUCUCUUUGCCGCAGUUUUUCAUUUUUUUCUUCUGGUACAUCUUCAUAGCCUUUAUGUUUCUUUUAUUGUUGCUCGUUCCAAUAGUGGGUCCAAUUACAAUCAAUAUGCUACCAUUUAGCCCCGGAAUGGGAUUUUACUAUUUUGAGCCUUAUUUUGUUGACGUGCUACAUUUGGAUUCGCGCAAACUUUCCAAAGUUUACUACAAGGGCUUUGCCAAGUGGCUCCUUUACUCGAUAUCCAGCGGUUUAUUAGAGUCUAUUCCCAUUCUGGGUGGGUUGUUCAUUGGAACAAACGCAGUAGGUGCUUCGCUUUGGAUAGUUAAAGAGAUAAAAGACCGGGACCAGCCAGCCGUACCUCCUUCCCCUCCUGCGGAACCAGAAGAGCCUACUGUAGGAUCCUAUGCACCUCCAAUCCAACAAUCUAUAGCUCACAUUAAUCCGCCAUGA